CAUUUUGUUCGUGGGGAAAAAGAAGACUUAACUCAUUACCUAUCGCUGCGAUGUCGCUUCUAUCAAUAUGGUGGUGAUUUGUUUACUUGAAUUAGGUGUGCUUUCCUUGUCAUGACUACAGUAUUAGGUCGUUAUGCCUUCAGUACCAACCAGCUCUCGGCCAAUUAGACAUGAAGCUGGUGCUUACAACGUUUCCGGAUUGAUCUUCCGCUACCUCCUGAGCAGUCAGCGAUGGCGAAUUGUUCAGAAGCGGAGGAGCUCCAUGUGGAUGGAAAGACAGUUGCCGAUGUAAUCGCCAGAUACACAGUAGAUUUGAAGUAUAUAAACCACGAUGGAGUGAUUGAACUGUUGUUGACGAAGAAAGUGAUCGAUCUCAAUGAGCAUGUCAGCAUUCAGAAAUCUCCGAAGACAGAGAAAAUACUAUUUCUUCAGGAAAAACUGCCACAGAAAGGAGACACUGCAUUCCAGAAAUUCUUGGAAAGCCUGGAAGAGAAAGGCCAUAGGAAACUUGCCUUGAAAAUGCGACGCGUGAUUCACAUUCAGCUGGAGAAUGAAAAGAAAAGGCUGGAAGCAUUGAAUCAAGAAAUGGCGCAUGAACUGGACGUGGAGAAGAGGCAAAAAGUGCAGCUUGAAAGGAGAAUUAAGGAACUUGAGGAGCAACUCAAGAAGGAGCAGAAUGCAAAGAGUACAAUCCAGAAAGAACUCCAGGAAAGCAGAGAUCAGGCAGCCAAGCAGAUGUUGCAUAUGUCGGCCGUGGAGAAGAAAGCAAAAGAACUUGAGGAGCUGGUCAAGAGGGAACAGAAUGCGUAUGGAGAGUUAGAGAGAAAUAAACGUAAGAUCGAGAAGGAGCUCAAGGAAAAGGUCGACGAGCUGCAACAACAAUUGGACAAUAUGAGGGAGAGGCCAAAACCGCCUCGCCGAAAAACCAUAGCUCCGCGUACCCCUUCACCCCAUCAAGAGCUUGGAACUCAGAUGUCGAGGGAAUAUCAAGAAGUCCCAUUCCAAUCACAGUCAACUCGGGUACUC